AUGCCUCCUUCUCCCCUUGACGACAGAAUUGUGGUGGCGCUGCCAAGGCCGAUCCGACCUCAGGAACUCCAACUGCGCCUGGACACCAGCUACCUGGACUCCAUCACCACCACCAGCAGCAGUAGCGACGCGGUCAUCAGCACCACCGUGGUGAAGAUCCGGGCGACGGCCAAUCUUGUGACGUAUAUGCCCUCAUCCAAGGGCUCCACGCGCUCGUUGUCGUGUGGGUGCAGCAGCGCCAGCUGCUGCUCUGUGACUACCUAUGAGAGGGACAGCCAGAGCCUCAGCCACAGCCCCGUGAGCGCCAGCAGUCCCAACCUCAGCUAUGCUGGGCCCCCGACCCCAAUGGUCAGCAACCACGAAGCGCUGAGCGCCCCGAGCCUCACCCAGGGAACACCGAAGGCCCUGUCCACCCUGAGGGUCAUCCACCCCAAUGAGCUGGCCAAGCGGAUGGCCUGCUGCCCCAUGGGUCACCCCGUGGGGCCCGUGCCAGUCAUCAUCGACUGCCGGCCCUUCAUGGAGUACAACAAGAGCCACAUCCGGGGGGCCGUGCACAUCAACUGCUCCGACAAGAUCAGCCGGCGGCGGCUGCAGCAGGGCAAGAUCACCGUGCUGGACCUCAUCUCCUGCCGCGAGGGCAAGGACUCCUUUAAGGGCAUCUUCUCCAAAGAGAUCGUGGUUUACGAUGAGAGCACCGCCGACCCCAACCGGCUGACAUCCUCCCAGCCUCUGCACGUGGUGCUGGAGUCCCUGAGAAGGGAGGGCAAGGACCCCAUCAUCCUUAAAGGAGGCCUUAGCUCCUUCAGGCAGACCCACGAGAACCUGUGUGAGCACUCUCUGCACCGGCACGAGGGCUUGGACUCGGGCGCCGUUGCCGGAAUGACUCUACCUCACUCCCUGCCCUCCACCCCGGACAUCGAGAACGCCGAGCUGACGCCGAUCUUGCCCUUCCUCUACCUGGGGAACGAGCACGACGCUCAGGACAUCAACCUGCUGCAACGCACCAACGUCGGCUACAUCCUGAACGUGACCACCCACCUGCCGCUCUACCACUAUGACACGGGCCUUUUCAUCUACAAGCGUCUGCCCGCCACCGACAGCAACAAGCAGAACCUGCACCAGUACUUCGAGGAGGCGUUUGAAUUCAUCGAGGAAGCACACCAAGCGGGGAUGGGCCUUCUGAUCCACUGCCAGGCCGGUGUGUCUCGCUCAGCCACCAUCGUGAUCGCCUACCUGAUGAAGCACACCUGGAUGACCAUGACAGACGCCUACAAGUUCGUCAAAACCAGGAGGCCCAUCAUAUCCCCAAACCUUAACUUUAUGGGCCAGCUGUUAGAGUUCGAGGAGGACCUCAACAACGGAAUAACGCCACGAAUCCUCACGCCAAAGCUCAUUGCCAAGACUGGCCGCCUCCUGAGCCGCUUUCAGUGUGUGUGA